GGCAUUUGUAAUAUAAUAAAAAUAUAGGAAGAACCCGAGAUGGUCACAGAUGGGAAGCAUUCAUUCCAUUUGUAUUGUGUGUGGGAAUGGGAAUACAGUUUUAAUAAUUUCAGGUAGCUGGAUUUGGCCGCAUUGACCUUACCUAUUAUACUUUUUGGUUGGUAUUUAAAGGAUGUUUAAAGGCCACGUAUUUCAGUGUCAAUGUCAAUAUCAAUUGACAGAAAAACUAUGUUUCAUAUUGUUUUUCUGUCAUCUUUAUCAGUUUUAUAAAGUGCAAGGAAUUCGUUUUUUAUACGUUUACUAUGGAAUUUUUCGGAGUAACCCUGUAUGGUCCACAAAACUAUAUAGGAGAUCUUAUAAAGGAAGGAUAUAGAGAACCAGAGUGUAAAGAACUAGUUGAACUUCUGAUGCAACACAUAAUAAGUCAUUCUACUUGCCCUGAGAAGAUUCAAAGACUUGAUGUAUCCGUUAUCAGAUUAAUUGAUUGUUAUAUUGGUCGGGUCAACGGGUUCGCAUACGGUUCUAUACAGAGGUUCAAUAAAAUGAAACGUAAGGGAGUUAUAAAACCAGCUGGUCCAGCGGAUAUUUAUCGAAUGCCACCGACAACAUCUGUAGAGAUCGGCUGGUUCCAAUGUGAUCCCGCUUUAGCGAAUCAAACUUGGUAUGAAACCAACCCAAGAUACCCUGCACCGAUAUCUCCCACUUCUUUAAUUUACGAUACUGUUCGGAAAAAUGAUAAAUAUGCAAGACUGUUUUGAUUGAAAAAUAAUGGAUUUGAGCA